UGUGACCGCACAUCUUAUACACGUAUACGUAUAUUGCACACUCGUACAGGCCGCACGCUACCGGUCCAUUUCGUCCUGCUGGCUGAGUGAGAAAGGACUGAAUUUGCGACGUGCAGUGCUGAAGCCACUCGUGCAGCCUACGUGGUCGAUCCAGUGUUGCCCGUGUUCCCGCACUCCGAUUUAGGAGCAACGACGAGGCUCGAGGCGUUGUUUAGCCGUUGGUGCCUGAUCCGCAGACACUGGAAGCGUACCACUGGGAAGGGAUUGCGCGAGCACUCACGAUGGCGGCCGUAGAGGGUUAUCAAAAUCAGGCGCAAUGUGAGACGCAGAACAUGCAGGAGCAACAAAACGCUCAGGGCCAGCAGAACGCGCACCAGAAUGACAGUAACACAUCGGGGGCGCAGGAUCAGGAGAGGGGUUUUCAGCAGGACAGGCAACAACAGCAGCAUCAAGCCACGGCCGGUAUUCCCGGUAAGGACGACGAGCGCAAGCUCUUCGUUGGUGGACUGUCCCGCAACACCACCGACAAGGAAUUGCGCGAUCAUUUCGGCAAGUUCGGCGAGAUCGAGAGCAUCUCCUUGAAAACGGAUCCACACACAGGCCAGUCACGUGGUUUCGCCUUUAUGGUGUUCACGAAUCCCAAGACCAUCGAUAAGCUGCUCGCGUCUGGCGAGCAUUACAUCAACAAACGCAAGGUGGAUCCAAAGCGCGUUAGUAAAAAGUCGCAACACGGAAAGAUCUUCGUGGGUGGUCUCACGCCCGAGAUCACGGACGAGGAUAUCAAGAAUUAUUUCGGGCAAUAUGGCACGAUCGUCGAGCUGCAAGCGCCCUUUGACAAAGUCAAAAAUCAACGGAAGGGCUUCUGCUUCAUCACGUUCGACUCGAAGGAGGUUGUGUACAAGUUACUAAAGACGCCUAAGCAAACGAUAAACGGCAAGGAAGUGGACGUGAAGAAAGUAAAGGUUAAUCCGGAUCCGAGAGGCCAGGGCUUCUGGGCACCAGGCUACGGGUACGGUUAUAAUAGUUACGGAUAUAUUCCUGACUAUAAUGGCUACCACGGUGGCGGCGGCGGCUACGAUGACAUGUACGCGAAUUACGACUACGGAUAUGACGCCUACGAUAACAUGGGGUAUGGUCCGAAGCCACGAGGAAACGGUCCCGGACCGCGUCAAUUUCAGAGACAUCAACCGUACUAAGUGAGAGACGAGAGGGAGGUAUCUAACUGUCCUAUGUCCAACUCUAUCCAUCUAAAACAUCUGGUGAUAACACAGGAACGCAUAUAACGAGACUUAGACUCAAUCUUAUCCUAUGCUUUAUAUACAUUAUAUUUGUAAUGCUUAGUGUACGAGCGCGGUCGAUGACUGAGAGGAGCAGGGAAUUUUGCUCUAGAAUCCCUAGAGCUUGUAACGAGCUGCAACAAUUCGCUCGAAAUUUCGGAGCUUGAAACUUCUGUGUAUUCUGUGUAAAGAUUCUAAAAUCCGAUCAAAUCCGCCGUGUAUCUUGAUAAUUUGCGACAUCGAAUCGCUUGCGAUCAUGUUUUUCUCUCAGCAAAGUUGUCUUCAAAUGGUUGCACGAUCGGUUUUUUCUCGUGCGGAUGUACAUUUUUCAGAGGUAAAGAUUGAACUUUGCGAAACGCCACACUUUCUUCCACGAAGCUAAUGUCGAGAUAAUGUCGCAUCCAGUCUUUUAUCCAGUUUGAUAUACUUUACUCCACUUUCACAAGUUAGAAUUUGUGUGAACGGAAAUUAUUAAUGAUCAAUAAUAUGCGCGAUAUAUAUUCAUAAUUUAUUAUGAAGAAAAUUUUCAUUAUUAAUCUUGAAAAUAUGAUCGUUACGUGUCAUACAGCCUAUUUGUUCCUUAUUAAUGAUUUCCACUAUAUGUAUACCCAACAUACCCUAAUACUCUCUUAUUUUUUUUUAGAAAUUUAAGUUCAAUUAUUCAAGUAUUUUCUUGCUAUAUGUUUGGUGUUGCUCACGCUAUUAUACUAAAACCCAUUGGUAUACGGUUCGGCACGAUAAGAAAUUUUAAUUUUUCUAAUUCGGACGCGUUUCUAUAACGGAGAAAAAGGGAGAUAACGUUCAAGGACCAACGGUUCGUGUUACUAGACGAAAAUAUAUCUCUUCCUUCCAUAGUUCGAGCGCGAUUAACAGCGAGUUCGUGUACGGAGCUGAUCGGGAGGUUUGUUGUACAUAAAUUCACUUGGAUCUGCGAGUAGGCGAGUGGUCUUGAUUUCACUUUUCCCAAGUAAUGUAACCGUGGUCGGAUCUAAUCAUCGGACAAACUCGCGUGACUCGCUCCUACAGAUGCACACAUCUGCAGCAAUUUGUGUACAAUAGCCUUCAUCGUGUGUAUUAAACGCAGUCGACAAACCUGUCGUAAGUCAUAAGUGAGUCAAAUAAUAUCAUAUAUUAUCUCCGUCGCCUAACUGUUCAUAAUCUAGCGAUAAGCUCUGUAACUUAUGCAGAUCGUAAAAGGUCAUCACAGUUAUUUUGUACAUACAUGUAUAUAUUUAUGUAUGAAUACCAUGCGUAUACACAAUAUACAUACAUAUAUACAUGUGUGGUAUGGUAUCUGUAAGAAUAUAAUGUGAGUUAGAUAUAGGGAAAAAAAAAUUAAAAAAAAUAAAAAGAAAAUAGUAAAAAGAGAUAUAAUUAAAAUAUGAAUGUCCUGGGUACGUGAAAUGCACGCAAACGACGCGAACUAGCUGAGAGUACUGUUGCAACAGUACAGUCCGUAGUAACGAGGAAAGGAUAAAACGUCGCGGUAUAAUCGUAACUCUUACAAUACUUACGCAGUAUCGUAUCAAACUUACAAACAUCCUAAAUGUGUCAUAGGAACACGCGUAUAUUGCCAUAGUUAAUUUCUCCUUAAUAACGUGAGAUUGCUCGUGCAAGCCAUCUCGAGGCAAAGUUCUGUUACAUUGCAUGUCGUCUGUGUGCUCGGUCUGUCUGUAUAAAAGGAGAGGAAAGGAAAAUAUAUCCAAUGUGGAAAAUAAUGGCAUCUACCCAGCAUUGAUAGCGCGAUAAGGUGACAAGGAUACUCCUUAAACGAUCGGCGGAAUGUUUAAAGCGAACGCGACCAGAAGCGGUGAAACACGAUGUAGACUAUACUUUAACGUCUCUUUCGCGUUUCUUUAUCGAGCGGCAGUUGCCGUUUGUUCCAACGGAACAACUGCUGUUCGCAUCGCGAGAAAAGACUGUUAACAAAUGAUACAGGCUCUAGGAAGUCCCGACGAUUAAUAGAACUUGUGAUUUCGAUAACGAAAUUGAAAGAAAGAUGAAUAACAUAAUUGUAGAAAAUGUAUAGAUAAGACGCAACACGGGGCUACGUUUAGAUACAUCGAAAUUAUAUUGUACACAAGGCUGAAGAAGCUUUAAACAUUCAAAAAAAAGUUUUUUCUCAGACGUCGUAAAGGCAUCAACAGCUCGGCUUAACGCCCGCGGAGAUUGAUUUUCCGUUGGUUGGAAAACAUCUUUAAGCCAAGCUUAACUGAUGCCUUUGAAAUUAAAUCUGUAUACUAUGUAUACCAUAUUUGCUGCGUGCGAAAAUAUAUAUUGAAAACAAAAAAGAAAAGGGCAACAGGGAGUGAAAAAGA